AUGUCAGCAGAAGAAUUAUCAAAAGAUUUUACUGAUUCAGAAAAGGAAACUUUAUCAAAAGUUGCUUCUGCUGGAAAAGGUGUAACACAAGUUAUGCAUCGUUGUGAAGCCGCAAAAACUUCAGGAUACCUUGAUCUUUCUUCAUGCUCAUUGAUGUACAUUGCGGAUGCUAUUUAUUUAGUUUUGAAAGGAUAUAUGAUUGACAAAGUAUCUUUACAAGAUAAUGAUUUGCAAAAAUUUCCAAUAAAAAUGAUAACCAAAUUUCCACAGCUGUAUUUUAUUAAUGUACGAAAAAAUAAGAUAAAAGAAAUUCCUGAUGAAUUAAACAAAUGGGAAAAAGUGAAAGCUGCAAAUUUUGCCUCAAAUAAGUUAACAGUUUUUCCAGAAGCAAUAUAUUCAUGGAGUAAUUUGGCAAUUCUUGAUAUCAGUGAAAAUGAAAUUGAUACAUUAGAUGUUAUAAGAUUAUUUACAGCAUGCAAAAAAUUGACAAUACUUAAUAUUAAAGAUACAUUAAUAUCUGAAAAUAUUAUAAAGUCAAUAAAAAAUUAUCCAGGAAAGGUUGCAAACUUUAAACUGGAAUGUUAA